CCAAAGUUGUAGUGCCUAGAGAGAAAGAGACGGGGAGGGAUAGAGACACAGUUCGUCUGCUACGACGUGGUGGUUACUUACCACAGAAGGUUCUCUGUGUUUGUUAAUUGAAAAGAUAAAAAGAGAGGAGUAAUCAGUGUAGAAGAAGAGGAGGAGGGGGAGGAAGAGGAAGAGGAAGAGGGUUGCGUAGAUUACAAUAUAUAACAAGCAUACAAGAAAAAGGGUUCGUGCAAACCUUGUGCGGAACAAAAAGAAAAAAGAAAAAACUAAGAAAUUCUAGAAGAUCCUUAUCUUCACGUAAUCGCCUUCUUCGAUUAUCUUCGUGCCCCAGCCCAAGUUUUUUUCUCCUUAACACCUUGCUUGGAUUUCAUAUUCGACUCAGUUGGUCGUGUCGGGUUCUUCCCUGGGUUUGGUUGUGGGCCGUCAUUCAUGGGGAAGAGUUGGGGCUUGGUGGAAGGGAAAUUGAGAAUUUUACGGUGAAAAAAUCGGUGGUUCUUUAGGGACUACGGUUAAUUUCGUGUUUAACGGUGGUCGGUGAUACGUUGGAGGUUGUGGGUGUAAUCAUUGUUGGGUUUGUUGGGAAUUGGUGCUUUUUUUGGGUUUUUCCUUUGAAGAUUUUUAUUGUGGGUUGGUGUUGAUCAGGGUUUUGGGAAGGAUUUGCCAUUAAAUUUGGGGUUCUUUUGUGGGAAAGUCUCCGGUGGAUAGCUUGUAUUGGCCGGUUUCGAUGGUGGGUCGAUGAAAGUGUCUCUUUUCGAUAAAAUCAUUGGGGGGUAUGUUUAGAAUUGCGUUGCUUUUGUUGAAUUUUGAUGGUAGUUUGAAAAUAUUUCAGUAUUCUAUCGAUGCUCAAGGUCUAACGAUUGGGAAUCUCUUCAUUUGGGUGGGGAUUGCCUGUUAAAGGAGUCAAAUUGCAUUGUUUCUGGGUAUUUCAGCUCUAGCUGAGAACUUGCAUCGGCCAUUUUUGCAGUUUGGGUUGAGAAUUCCAUUGUGUGAACAAGGUGGGUUUGGGGAAUUUGUGGAGAAGAAUUGUUCUGAGGAUAAAAUGAGCUCGUCUAUCACUGACGGUUUGGUUCAUGGAGGAAAGCUUCUGGUUCAUAUUGCUGAGAAUGGGCAAUCAUUUGAGCUCGACUGCGAUGAAACCAUGCCAGUUGAAGCGGUCAUGCGGUUCAUUGAAUCCGCGUCGAUGAUUAGUUUCAAUGAUCAGCUUGUUCUCUGUUUGGAUAUGAAACUUGAGCCGCAGCGGCCGCUUUCAGCGUAUAAGCUUCCUUUGGAUGACCGAGAAGUCUUCAUAUUCAAUAAGGGAAGAUUGCAAACCAAUUCAGCGCCUCCUCCGCCUGAGCAAGUUGAUAUUCUGGAUAUUGUGGACCCUCCAUCACCGUCCUCUUCACAUAAUUCUCAUCCUUUGGAUGAAGCUUCUGACCCUGCUUUGAAGGCUUUACCUUCAUAUGAGCGGCAGUUCAGGUACCAUUACCACCGGGGACAUGCGAUUUAUAGUCGUAGCCAGGUGAAAUAUGAGAACUGUGAGAGGCUUUUGAGGGAGCAAAAGGUUCAAGAGAGGGCAUUGGAGGUUGCUAAGGGUAACUUGGAUCAAUACUAUAAGGUGAUUAGUCAAAACUAUGUGGACUUCAUGAAGCGUUAUUCACAGCAGAAGCGAAUACAUUCGGAUCUCCUGGUGAAUUUUGGGAGGGAUAUUGAGAAACUGAGAUCCGUCAAACUGCCCCCUGCUUUACAGACUACCACCCGCAAGCGCUUAUUGGACUUUGUGAAGGAAGAGAACUUGCGGAAGUCAGCUGAGAAUUGCAGCGGUUCCCACAAGCAGUUUGAGAAUAAGGUUUCACAAUUUAAGCAAAUGUUUGGUGAGGUGAAACGCAAGGUUGAGGAAUUGUUUGCUAGCAGGGCUUCUUUUUCUACCAGGAAUUUGGAGGGGAUGAUUAAGGAACACCUGCAAUACAUCAAUGAACAAAAGAGUAUACUGCAAUCCUUGAGCAAAGAUGUAUAUACGGUGAAGAAACUUGUGGAUGACUGUGUGUCCUACGAAUUAUCUUCAUCACUCCGUCCUCAUGAUGCAGUUUCGGCCUUGGGUCCUAUGUAUGAUGUCCAUGACAAGAAUCACCUGCCUAGGAUGCAGACUUGUGAUCAUGCAAUUUCUAAGCUGCUGGACUUUUGCAGGGAUAAGAAGAAUGAAAUGAACAACUUUCUGCAUAAUUACAUGCAAAAAAUUACCUAUGCUUCAUAUGUCAUUAAAGAUGCUAAGUUACAGUUUCCUGUUUUUAAAGAGGCAAUGGUUCGUCAGGAUGAUCUGUUUAUGGACUUGAAGUUAGUCCAUGGAAUUGGCCCAGCAUAUAGAGCCUGCCUUGCAGAAGUUGUGAGAAGAAAGGCUUCUAUGAAGCUUUACAUGGGAAUGGCUGGACAAUUGGCUGAAAGACUUGCCACAAAGAGGGAGGUUGAAGUGAGGAGACGCGAGGAGUUUUUGAAGGCUUGCGGUGCUUACAUACCUAGGGAUGUAUUAGCAUCUAUCGGAUUAUACGAUAACCCCAAUCAGUGUGACGUCAAUAUAGCUCCAUUUGACACUGGUUUGCUUGACAUUGACAUUUCAGACCUGGAUCGCUAUGCUCCCGAAUAUUUGGCUGGACUGCCUUCAAAGGGUGAGAAGCCUGGAAGCUCAAAAGGUUCAUUUGCUUUGUCUAAUGACAGUUCUCAUUCUUUUGAGUCUGAAGAGUUUGCCGUAGGCAGUGUUGAUAAAUACGACUCUGAGGAUCUUCUAGAAGGCUCUGAGUUGGUUGAGAUUGCUGGAACUAGCAAAAUGGAAGUUGAGAAUGCAAAACUUAAAGCUGACCUUGCUUCUGCCAUUGCCUUGAUUUGUUCCCUCUGCCCCAAUGUUGAGUACGAAUCACUUGAUGAUAGUAAACUGGAAAGCAUGAUGAAGAAUGCUGCAGAGAAGACAGCUGAAGCUUUGCAUCUGAAAGAUGAAUAUGGGAAACAUCUUAAAUCUAUGCUCAGGAUGACGCAGAUGCAGUGCAUGUCUUAUGAGAAACGCAUUCAAGAAUUGGAGCAGAGAUUGUCUGAUCAAUAUUUGGAAGGGCAGAAGCUGUCAAAUAACAAAGAUACAACUGACUUAGCCCUUUUGGCUGAGAAGGCUGAUGUUUGCAGUCCAGAAAGCUUGGGCAGUGAAUCUCACACACCUUGCAUAUCUACUACUGAGCACAUGGAUGAGGUUUCUUGCAUCUCAAAUUCUUUGGAUGCAAAACUGGGAAUUUUCACUGGGCAAUCAAGCAAAGCUCGAGAGGGGGUGGAUGAGAAUAUGAUGGAUUCCUCUGGAAUAUUAAAUCCUCAGCUUGAUUCCUCGAUGCUGGAGCCACACCGUGAAGGACUGCUAGUCAGUGAUAAAGAUGGGAAAGAUAAAAUGAUGGGACAGUUGGGCAUGUCCCUUACAAACAGUUCCACUGCUGAGAGCAUGCCUGAGCCUCUGACUGUUGUGCCCUCUGACACUACAGUUGAUCCAAGUUUGGAUUCCAAAGCCAGCAGUGAUCUUUUGUUGGAAUUGCAAAGUGCACUUGCAGAUAAGUCAAACCAAUUGACUGAAGCUGAAACCAAGAUUAAAGCUACCAUGGAGGAGGUUGCCUUGCUUAGGAGGGAUUUGGAAGCAAGUCGGAAGCUCCUAGAUGAAUCCCAGAUGAAUUGUGCACACUUGGAGAACUGUUUGCACGAAGCAAGAGAGGAAGCCCAGACCCAUCUUUGUGCAGCUGACCGGAGGGCUUCAGAGUAUAGUGCUCUGCGUGCAUCUGCUUUGAAAAUGCAUGGUGUUUUUGAAAGACUUCGAAAGUGUGUUGAUGCACAGGGUGGAGUGGCUACUUUUGCAGAUUCCUUGCAUACUUUAGCACAAUCUUUGGCCAAUUCCAUUAAUGACAAUGAAGAUGAUGAUACUGCCGAUUUUCGAAAAUGCAUCCGAGUUCUUGCAGAUAAAGUUAGUUUCUUGUCGAGGCACCGUGAAGAGCUACUUGGCAAGUACCUGAAGUUUGAAGCUGCAAAUGAACAGCUUAAAAAGGAAUUGGAAGAUAAGAAAGAGCUGGUUAAAACUUUGUACACCAAGCAUCAACUUGAGAAGCAGGCAAACAAGGAAAAAAUUUCUUUUGGCCACUUGGAAGUCCACGAGAUUGCCGCAUUUGUUCUUAAGCCAGCUGGGCACUAUGAGGCAAUCAGUCGGAACUGCUCAAACUACUACUUGUCUGCUGAAUCUGUGGCCUUGUUUGCUGACCAUCUCCCAAGCCGACCUAACUACAUCGUUGGGCAGAUCGUGCAUAUUGAACGCCAAACUGUGAGGCCAAUACCUUCUAUACCAACUCGGGCGGAGCAUGGUAGAGUGGAUCAAACUGAUUACCUGACCUCUGACAUGGGGACCGAUCAGUUGACCUUGAAUUCAGGAUCAACUUCGAACCCUUUCGGUCUCCCCAUUGGCUGUGAAUACUUUGUAGUGACAGUAGCCAUGUUACCUGAUACCAGCAUUCAUUCACCAUCUCCUUCCUGAUCCCUGCUCGAGGCAGAUAGAUGUGAUGGAAGAAUGGAAAAUGUACAUAUCUGAUAUAACAAUCAAAGGUUAAACCCACUUGCUGGGAGUUGAACGUGAUUUUCUCUUUGUACAGCUGAUGAUCCAAUUAAGUUUGAUCUGCCCCUUUGUACAUAUAGCUACUCCUUUCUAUUGAAAAAUAUAAAAAAUAUAUGUAUGUAAAUACAAUGCAGCUCUUGAUCUUUA